ACAUCGAUGCAUCGAGCAUCGAUGAUUUUUCGGCGAUGUUUUUCGAUGUUUUUCGAUGUUUUAUGUUAUGCCGAUGUUUAUCGAUGCAUCGAUGUUUAACCAAAACAUCGGGCGUCGAGUUGCACAACAUUGCAGAACAUAUGGUUUCAGUGCCGCACAGACAAAUUCGCGGUUUUUGUUUUAGUUUACCGUGUUUGCAAUGCCAAAGUAAGUAUUAUGUGAAAUAUAUAUGUAUAUAAAUAUAGUUAUUUGCAAUUACAAAUGUAUUCAUUCUAGAAUAACAACAAAGACAAGCUUUUGCUGGAGGCACUUUACAAAAGUUGACGGAAAUAGCGCAAAAUGCAAUAUUUGUGGCAAAGUUUUGAAGACUGCGGGUAACACGACCAAUAUGAAGGACCACCUGCGUUCCCUUCAUAAAAUUGAUCAACAUGUUGGAGUGCGUGCAGUACCUGAUUCUAGUGUUGCGGCACAAGUUUCCAUUGCUGAAAGCUUUAGAAAUAUAGCGGAUUAUGGCAUCGAUGGGGAUAAGAACAAAAAAAUCAAGGAUGCCAUUAUUUACAUGAUAUCAAAAGAUGUUCAACCAUUUUCCAUAGUCGAAAACCCAGGCUUGUUGUUAGAAAUUGAUAAGCGUUUGGGUUCAAUAGAGCAGGUCUCAAUUCUGGCAAUGGCUACAGUUCUUGACCCAAGAUUUAAGAAACUGCAUUUUAAAGACCCUCAGGCCUGCUCAAACUCUAUUAUAAAAAUCAAGUCUAUGGUAAAACCGAUGGGCAACGACAACAAUAGUAAUGAUGAGCACAACUAAAUCCAAUUCUUUUUGGGACCACCAUCACCAGCUGGCACAAUCUCAUAAGCCUAAGGGGGAUAUUGAUGUGGAGAUGAUAGCGUACCUGCGAAUGCCAUUAGCGUCAUUUGAAAGCAACCCUCUACAAGUAUGGGAAGGUUUGAAAAACACAUAUCCCAAUUUACAUAAAAUGGCGCUGCAAUUUUUACCGGUAGUAGGAUCGUCGGUUCCUUCUGAACGGGUUUUUUCAGCGGCAUCAUAUGUCUUAAGCUAGAGAAGAAACAGGUUAAGACCAGACCGAUUAAGCCGCAUUUUAUUUUUGCAAAGCAUCGACAAAAAAUACUUUUUUGGAAAAAUUUAAUUACUUAUUAUAAUUAUAAUAAUUAAUAUUGCUUUAAAAGCAUAACAAAAAGACAGCUAAGGAAGCA